GUACAACUUCUCAGUGUUUGUUUGUCGUGGGGAGAAAUUUGGAAUUCGAAUCAUGGCUGAUGCAUUAAAGAAUGCCAUUGCUCAGAGUCUGGAGUGUCCUGUAUGUCUGAAUACCUUCACCGACCCCAAGAUCCUGUCUUGUUCUCACACCUACUGUAAGACCUGUCUGGAAAACCUCUUGGAAUGCCAUGGUAACGACCAGAUGCUCCGAUGCCCUGUCUGCAGAGCUGAAACCCAGGUCCCAAACCAAGAUGUCAGCAAAAUACCGGCUAAUCUAGCUUUGAAGUCUCUCAUAGAUGACGUGAAGAAUCAAUAUCAGUUUUGCACGAAUUGUGAAUCCGAGGACAAACCCCAAGCUGUUUUCUACUGUCAAGACUGUGGCAUGUAUUUCUGUAUCACUUGCCACAACAAACACUCUCAGUGGAAAAACUUCAUCGGUCAUGAGGUCUUUGCCAUGAGUGAGAUCCUAUCAGGGAAGGCGUCAGUACGUAGCUAUCGCAAAUGCAGGAAACACCCCAAAGAGGACGAGGAGUGCUUCUGUUCCGACUGCAGGAGAUUUGCCUGCUUCAGGUGUGUUGUCAUGGAGCACACAAAGGAAGGACAUGAGGUCAUCGAGGCAGCUGUUUAUGAAAGCAACCAUAUGAAGAGUAUCGAGGACCUCAAAUUCAAGACGGACAAGAAACGCUCUUGCUUUCAGAAAUACGUUGAUUUCAUUGAUGAACAGAAGGAGCGUGUGAGCAAUGUUCAGAAGCAGUGUACAGAUGAUAUCAACAAAGCAUAUGAAGAAUCAGUCCGUCAGUUGACAGAGAAGAAAGAAAUCCUCAUUGUUGAAGUCAAGGGUCGGACUGAAGCAGUAAAGAAAGAACUGGACGAAAUGAAGAAAUCGGCUCAGGAGCACAUCACUCACUUGAUCACCGUAGAUGACUUGAUAACCACUAGGACAAAGAUACCGGUAGACAGGGAUGCUUUGGCUGCACACGACACUCUAUGUCAAGACUUGCAAGAGGCUUUGAAACAAGAAGAUCCUGACUACAAUCAGCCGUCGCAAUCGAGCAAGAAAGGAAAAAGUGUUAGUUUUAAGAGGAACAUUGGAAUGGACGAGCUAGCUCUCGGUAAGAUCGUAAAUGCAGUUGCAAAGGACAUCGCUUCACCUACCAAGGGUGGCAUGAAUGCCAUGAUUGAUACACUAUUUGGUAGGAUAGCAGUGGAUGAUAGGUAUGUUAUACUUGAUUAAUCAAACAAUAUCACACUGUACACAUACAAAAUUAAGUCACA